UGCCUGGAACGAAGCUGCUGCGCCCAAACCAAUCAAACAUGAAGACUGUGGCGUUGCUGGUCUUCCUGGCGGGGGUCGCUGCUGCCCUCCCUCACGGAGAAUGCAACCUGAUGGGGGCAUUGCGGAGGGGCAGACACUUCCACCGCGGACGCCUGCCUCCGUGCGUGCGAGGCCUGAUGCCGCAAGGCGAGGAGCUCAAGGCAUGCUUCAAGGAGAACCUCCGCAAAUAUCGCUUCAGAAAUGGUCAAUCAGACUUGCGAAAUGGAUUUGAAGGGAUAGUAGAGUGUCUGGUGGAGAAAAUGAACCUCGAGAUGGAAAACGGAACUCUCGAUGUCGAACAGGCCGUUCUCAAGUUGAGUGAAUUCGAAGGAUAUGACUUUGAGGCGAUUGCCAGCAUCCAAUCAUCCGUAGAGGAAUGUGCCGCGAACUCCACCAGCUCUAGUGCUACCGAGCAACUGACGGAAAUCGUGCUGUGCGUGAGCAACAAAUCACGCGAUUUCUGCACCGAAAGACUCGAACUGCUGAAGACUUGGGAUGAAAAUGCCAACUGUAGCUCGGUGUCAAUCCCCACGGAAACCCUUAGUAUUAUUGAAGAGUGCGAGCCAGAUGAUGACAGCCCCAGGCGCCGAGGACCCCACAGAAGGCGUGGAGGAAAGACGGCAAACCGAGGCCACGGCAAGAAAAUGUGGUCCCAAAUCUUGUGCGUCAACGAAAAUAUUGGCUCGUACAAUGCUUCAACAGGAUUCAAUUUCACCGUUAUUGCUGAACACAUCGCCACCUUCUCCGGCUGGGACAGUAUUCCAGGGGCUCUUGAAAACCUGACGGAAAAGAUUAUCGAGUGCCAGCCCGAAUUCGCGGACGACGCUCAAGCCCAGGCAGCUCAGUGGAUGCUGUGCUUACGCCCUUCUUUCGUGGAAAUCUGCGGUCUAGGAGGCGAUCUCACCGAGUUCCUCUUCCCGGCCAUCAGAAAAAUGAUCAAGCAUUCAAGCGAAGAAGAUGAUGAUGAUGAUGAUGUGGAUGCACCAUGCACUUGUGACAUUUUCCCUUCCCCGCGUUUGUUCGACACGUUGAAAUUAACCGAUGAUACUGAUGACUUGCUCGAGCUGGACGAGGUGGAAACGUUGUCGUUGGAAGGUGAUGACCCCGAGGAGAGGCUAGGCAAUAUGAGGAGACGAAACAGGAGGAGGCGCCAGCGGGGCAGGAAGAACUCGUCCGAGGAAUCCAACGAAAGCCGAACGCCGGACAGCUCGCCGGAGACGGACGACAGCGACGAAGUGACCACCUUUAACCCUACUACUGUGUUCCCGUAGGUUGAUGAUGGAGAGACUGAUAUGGAUUUUCGGAUUUAA